AUGAAGUGGUAUUCGCUAUCUGAAAUAAAUGCGAAAGAAACUACGAAGGCCAAGAUCAUUGAACUGGAAGAAAAUUAUUUAACUCAGAAGGCGGAAUAUGUUAGCGAAACUAACGGGAGUCAAAUAUCUCAAGUUGUUCUUGACUCUUUGGAGUUGAUCGAGGCAAUCGCGGCGGGGUCAUCUUUUUGGAGUAUCACUUGUUCUCGCUAUCACCCUUCCGAUGAAAAUGUUUAUGAGACGUAUUAUCAAAGCAGACUUGCUGAUGGCUUCCACUUUUUCGAUAGCUACACUGACUCGGGUAUGAUCCUCAGUCACGAGCCAGGCCUUAGUUCCGGUGCUCGAACAAAUGGUGGGAAGCAGCGUGUCGAUGGCCAUUGUGAAAACGGGCCAACAAGAGAUAUGACUCAGUCUACCGGAUCAGAAAACAUUGAGACCCCCUUCCGACUACAUUAUGCCAAUGCCAAGUAA